CUUGGGAUUGAUCAUUGGCCACUCUCUCAAGAAAAGCUGCUCAAAGUACAGGAACUAGUAUACGAACAGUUGUGUGCAGGCCAUAUUGUGCCGUCAAUAAGUCCUUGGAACACUCCAAUUUUCACAAUACCAAAAAAGAACGGAAAGUGGAGAUUGUUGCAUGAUCUACGAGCAGUUAAUGCAAUAAUGGAGGACAUGGGAAGCUUACAACCAGGUUUACCGUCCCCAUCAAUGAUUCCAGAAAAGUGGAAAUUGUUAGUAAUUGACUUAAAAGAUUGAUUUUUUACAAUACCAUUACAUCCAGAUGAUGCGGAACGUUUUGCAUUUACGGUACCUUCUGUAAAUAGAGCCGAGCCUGCGAAAAGAUACCACUGGAUUGUGUUGCCUCAAGGCAUGAAAAAUUCACCUACAAUAUGCCAGGUUUUCAUUGCAUGGGCCUUAGAUCCAAUUCAGAAAAGAUACCCACAGUACUUAAUAUAUCAUUAUAUGGAUGAUAUAUUGAUUGCUGGGGAAGAACUUGAUGCAAAAACGCUUAUACCUGAACUUAUUACACAGCUGGAAGGAAAGGGACUAAAAAUUGCUCCAGAGAAAAUUCAAGAAAAGACACCGUGGCAUUAUCUGGGAUGGAUUAUCACAGAAUCCCAAAUAAAGCCACAAAAGGUCGAGCUGAAAACAAACAUUAAAACAUUGUCAGAUGUACAAAAGUUGGUUGGUGGUAUUCAGUCGGUGCGCAAUAUUUGUGGAAUUACAAAUGAUGACUCAAGUCCUCUAAUUCAGUUAUUGGGGACAAGCAAUCGUAUUGGGGACAAGCAACCAUGCAAAUGA